AUGGCCGCCCAGACCCUCACCAUCUUCACCUACUCGGCCGACGAGCGACGAUUCGUCAAGAAGACCACACAGCGCGCAGUGGGCGCUCGCGAGAUCCUGAUCAAGACGACGCACUCUGGGCUCUGCUACACCGACGUACACGCCAAGGGGAAGGGCUGCGGCCUGGGCCACGAGGGCGUCGGCCAUGUCGAGAAGGUUGGGUCUGCCGUCCUCGGCAUCAAGGCGGGCGACCGCGUCGGCUGGGGCUGGCUGCACAGCUCGUGCGGCCACUGCACGACCUGUCUGUCCGGGUACCGACAGUACUGCGCAGAAGCGCGCGGUUUCGCGUACUCGGAGCUGGAGCAAGGGGCCUUUGGUGAUUACCGGGUGAUCGACGCCGAGUUCGCCUACCCGAUACCGGACGAGAUCUCGUCCGUGGAUGCGGGCCCCCUUAUGUGCGCCGGAGCUUCGGUAUACGAGGCGCUGCAUGCUGCGCAGACGAGGCCGCACGACAGGGUCGGCGUCGUCGGCGUAGGCGGCCUCGGCCACAUGGCUGUUUUGUUCGCUCGGGCUAUGGGCUGUGGCGUGACUGCGCUGCUCGCGUCGAGCCAACAAGAGGACGGCGCACAGAAGCUGGGAGGCGAUAUCGUGAGAGCGCCCCCUCAGGCUGGUCCGGAGUGGUGCAAACCUGUCGAUGUUCUUCUUGUCACAUCCAACGUGCUGCCGAAUUGGGAUAGUAUUCUGCCUCUCCUGAACAGAAUGGCACGGAUUGUGCUCAUGACGAUCCAGGAGCAGCCACUGAGCAUCCCGUACAUGCCGUUCAUCUUGCCUGGGCACCGCAUCAUCUCCUCUACCGAAGCAUCAAGGCGCAAUCAUAUCGAUAUGCUCAACUUUGCAGCUCAGAACAGGAUCAAGCCCUGGGUGGAGAGAUUCCCCAUGACAGAGGAGGGCCUGGAGCAGGCAUUCUCCAAGAUUGAAAAUGGACAGAUGAGAUAUCGUGGUGUGUUAGAAUGGUGAUGUCCAGCGUUUGCCACAUAACUGCCCUGUAUGAGCUAAACGAGGUUCUUUACUUCCUAGCAGUCCCAACC